CGUGUUCCUGCCCUUUCCGUGCCCCCUCCCGUCCUCUCGUCUCCCCCCACCCCCGAACUCCGUCGCCGUUUAAAGGCGGCGGCGGCGCCCCGCGCCUGUUGUGGAAGCCGAGCCGCGCCCGAGCCCGCUCCGCCAGCUCUCUGAUCGCGCAGCGGAAGCGCCGGCGGCCGCCGCCGCCAUGUACCGCUACUUGGGGGAGUUGCUGGCGUCCCGCCUAGCCGCCGGAUCGGUGUUGGCGGGCGCGGAGCCGGGUGGGCCGGCAGCGGCAGCCGGAGGCGCAGUGGUGGCGGCAUGGGGCAGAGGCCGGUGCCCGCGGCGACACUAUUGCGAAGCGGCGAAGAAGGAGGACGACCCCAACUUCUUCAAGAUGGUGGAGGGGUUCUUCGACCGCGGCGCCAGCAUCGUGGAGGACAAGCUAGUGGAGGGGCUGCGAACACGCGAGAGCAUGGACGAGCGGCGGCACCGCGUCCGUGGCAUCCUCCGCAUCAUCAAGCCUUGCAACCAUGUGCUCAGCGUCUCCUUCCCCAUAAAGCGUGACAACGGCGAGUGGGAGGUGAUCGAGGGCUACCGGGCCCAACACAGCCAGCACCGCACCCCCUGCAAGGGAGGUAUUCGUUACAGCUUGGAUGUUAGUGUAGACGAAGUGAAAGCCUUAGCAUCUUUAAUGACAUACAAAUGUGCUGUCGUCGAUGUGCCAUUUGGUGGGGCAAAGGCUGGUGUCAAGAUCAAUCCCAAGAACUACACAGACAAUGAAUUGGAGAAGAUCACAAGAAGGUUUACCAUGGAGCUGGCAAAAAAGGGCUUUAUUGGACCUGGUGUUGAUGUGCCUGCUCCCGAUAUGAGCACAGGGGAGAGGGAGAUGUCCUGGAUUGCUGACACCUAUGCCAGUACCAUAGGACACUAUGAUAUUAAUGCCCACGCAUGUGUAACUGGUAAACCCAUCAGCCAGGGUGGCAUCCACGGACGUAUAUCUGCAACUGGUCGUGGUGUCUUCCAUGGAAUUGAAAAUUUCAUCAAUGAAGCAUCAUAUAUGAGUAUAUUAGGAAUGACCCCUGGAUUUGGGGAUAAAACAUUUGCUGUUCAGGGAUUUGGUAAUGUGGGCUUGCAUUCUAUGAGAUACUUGCAUCGUUUUGGAGCAAAAUGUGUUGCUGUUGGAGAGUUUAAUGGUUCUAUCUGGAAUCCUGAUGGGAUUGACCCAAAGGAACUAGAAGACUACAAACUGCAACACGGGACAAUCAUGGGCUUCCCUAAAGCACAGAGACUUGAAGGCAGUAUUCUGGAAACAGACUGUGACAUUCUCAUCCCUGCUGCCAGUGAGAAGCAGUUGACAAAGGCCAACGCUCACAAGGUUAAAGCAAAGAUUAUUGCUGAAGGUGCCAAUGGGCCUACAACUCCUGAAGCUGACAAAAUCUUCUUGGAACGGAAUAUCAUGGUUAUCCCUGAUCUGUACCUGAAUGCUGGUGGUGUAACAGUAUCCUAUUUUGAAUGGCUCAAAAACUUGAACCACGUCAGCUACGGCCGCCUGACUUUCAAAUACGAAAGGGAUUCAAACUACCACUUGCUCAUGUCUGUCCAAGAAAGCUUGGAAAGAAAAUUUGGGAAACAUGGUGGAACUAUUCCAGUUGUGCCUACAGCAGAAUUUCAAGAUAGGAUAUCAGGUGCUUCUGAGAAAGACAUUGUCCACUCUGGCUUGGCUUAUACGAUGGAACGUUCUGCCCGGCAAAUCAUGCGCACUGCCAUGAAGUACAACCUGGGUCUGGAUCUGAGAACAGCUGCCUACGUCAACGCCAUUGAGAAAGUCUUCAAAGUGUACAAUGAGGCUGGCCUGACUUUUACAUAGAGAGGCCACGACUGCUCCUUCCUGUGUCCCACCCCUCUCGCUGUUCAUGUACCCUCUUCUUGAGAAAGCUUAUCACAAGUUUACAUGUAACCACGAAAUUUUCUUUUCUUCUGACCUUGUAGUGGAUUCUAUUCUCAAUUAGUUUCGAUCCAAGCUAGUCUUUUUUUACAAUAAAAAUCCAUGGAUUAGGAAAUUGUAUACCAAGUAUGUAUCUGAGGAGAGCAGUUCAUCUGCACUUGUAGGGGCCACGCUGGGUAUUUCGUCUACAAAACAAAAUGGUACAUUUUAGGUGUGAGAGAGUGGUCUUGCCAUCUGAGCCACUUCUCAGACUUCAGAUACUGUACUAGAUGAGCACUUUGCUCGUUCUUACUUCAUGCACUUUUGAUUAAUGAUGUAAUUUUGGCUUCGGCACUUUCAAUGAGGCCUUGUAUGACUAAUGCUGUGGCAUUGUCAAAGGAAGAAUGGGCCUCCAGCAGGGAUUAACUUUGAUAGGAGUCUAAUUUUUAUUUGCAGUAAAGCUUCGUGCUCGGUUCUCUUUAGGCAAUGUUUGUGUUGUUGGGUUUGUUGUUGUUGUUUCUUUUCUUUAACUGUGCUGCUGUUACAGGACUGCCUUUUAUUGCUUGUUCAAGCUAGCUUGACUGUCACCAUGAAGUACAUAGAGGUGACAGACUAAUAUUUUUAUAACCUGAAACUGUUGAGCAACUCCAGUUAUGUUUUUAAUCAAGCAUCUACACAACUGUUGUGACUGUAAGUUUUUCCUCUUCUUUUUUUUCCCAAAGUGAAAGACAGUCUGAGUUUGGUAAGAAGUCAUACUUACAUUUUUUAGCAUUCUUUUUCAAGUCAAAAUUAGAUACUGCCUCUUUGAACAACUAAAGUCACACUGAACCCAGAAAUCAUUUGCCAAACUACAGAGGAGCUAGAAUGCUGCUAUAAACUUAAUCCACUGUCUUAAAACACACAGCCUUCAUUGUUUGUUUUGGGUUGGUUUUGUUUUUUGGCCACCAGGAGGUCUUGAAAGUAUUGAAGAUAGUAGAGUAUAUAACAAAAUGAACCUCAACAUAGUCCUGGGUCAAGCAGAGUUUUGGAAGUGUAAGGCUUUUAUCCCACGAAGUCCCCUCAAAGUGCCAGAUGUUAUUUAUGUAAAGAAUACAGAUGGGAUAUUGUUUGUUGGGUUGGUUUUUUUUUAAGACAACUAGUUCCUCCCAGAAACUCAUGCCUUUUUUUUCUAAUGACUUUGUAACUGCACAACAUAACCUGGAGGAAAGAGCAGUUAUUAAAAAAAGUUGACCUUUCCAAAUCUA